AGACCUGCAAAAGAAAAGCAAGAAGGUUGGAGAUGAACGAGGGAGAAGAAGUCUUUGUGGAUUUGGAUCUAAAAGAUGAGUUCCAGUGGAUUUUCUAAUGGGUCGAUGGAAAGUGGAUGAAAGAGCAGUUAAGGGAGAGAGUACAGGGCAGUGAUCAACUGAGGUGGUCAAAACUGAUGCUACUGCUGAGGCAGUUAUUUAGACGAAAGCUGACCAUAUUAAACGUAAACAUUUGAUACGUGCAUACAGAAAUCAGUUCAUCUGGUUUUAGCUACUGAAUAGCCACAAUAUCUGCACGCGACUACCCUCCUGUGUACUCUGUGAUCAGUUAAGCAUUGAACAUGAUGUAAUAAAUGAACUGUCAGGUGUUCUUAAACAAACUGGAUUGAUCCAGUACUAAUCAAAAGGAUCAUUGCCAAUGGCUCUAUUUAGCAACACAAUAUACCUUUUGUUCAUCAUUAUUGUGACAGCCUUCACAAUACUGAUAAAGCAGAAGGCUUCUAUAUGCAAAUGAGCCUCUUAUCAAUAACGGAAUGUUCUGUUUUGUGAUGUAGGAAUGAGGUGGUUACCAUUUUUAAUGAUAUCUAAUAAUUAUACAUUUCAAUAUUUUAAUCAUUUCAAAUUUAGACCUGGGCAACAUGGAAAAAUAUGUAAUGAUACAAUAUGCACAGUGAUCUUUUUACAAUGUCUUUCUGAUGCUGUACAAGAUGCAAGAGUUAAAAAAACAGCUACUAGUGUCACAUUUUAAAAAUGAAUAUCAAAAACUUUGAAUAAAUUGAUUUUAUUCAAGGUUUCAAACACUGAACUACACUAAAUCCAAUUAAACAAAGCUGAUUAUACUCUCUUUGUAGUGAAACAUGAUCACUAGUUGAUCAGUGUGUUUUUGACUACUGGUAUCUACAGUAUGCUAAGAAAAGUAUGUUGUGAUAGUGUGAUGCAAUUUAUUACAAUGACAAUAACUAAAAUAACGGUUUAAUAAACAAAGGCUAUUAAUAAAAUACUAGAAACCAUUUAUCGCUGAUGUCAUGAUGAAAACUGUUUAUACUGUCCCAUCCCAAGUGUGCUGUGUGCCACCUGACACGGUUGUUUAAUACAAUAUGAUAUUUAUUGUUUAAUACAAUGUGACAAUUUUCAGUGAUUUUAAUGUUAUUAUACGAAGUGCACUGGAGUUAAAAAGCCAACUCACUGGAACACGUUUAUCAGGCUAAGGGUUCUCCACAAGGGGGUGCUCAAAGAGAGCCAUUUAAUAUAUUGCAAGGCUUUUCAGCAGUGCAGUAUGGUGAUAGGUGAUGGUCCACAUCGUCCCGCCCUAGUUCAUAAACUUCAUUGCUACAAUGCUGUUUUUCCGGUAGUAGUAACAGCACAGCUACGGUGUGGCAAUGUUGGCAGUGUUGAAACUUUUGUGGGUUAAAAGGAUCACUUAGCUCAGUUUUCACAUAUGUCUUUUUAUGUUAUGUUUAUAAGCACCAUUUCUCAUAAAUACUCAAUGUGUCUGGUUUUUCUGGUGAUUUAAAGUUACACGAAUGAAAAGUGGUGGCUGUUUAUGAUUCACCAAUGUCACAAGAGAUCACGUACAAAGCAGCAGACACAAUUUCAUGUGCGCAUGUGAUUCAUAUCGAGUUAAUCCUGGUUCUCAGACUCACAGACCCAGACAGGCUCAGUGACAGGCAGUGAGGUCAUGAGACAUCUAUCUGGGUGUCUGGGUGUCUGUCUGUGUCGUACUCGCUCAUUUGCUCAUUUGUGAAUCUGUAGAGGGUCUGUUGGAGCAACUAGCUGGAAAACAUGGAGGUGCAGGUGCAUCCGAUGGGCAGUAGCAGCAGUAGCAGGCUCUUCAGCACCCUGGCUCAGUCUCUGAGCAGCGCGCCACUGGCACACACACACGUGGACCCUGAAGAGUGUGAGUUUGAGCAGGCCGACCCAGAAGCGCUCCUGCGGGAGUGUGAGGAGGUCCUGAGGAACCGGCCGCCGCGGCCACACAGAGACUUCAUCCGUACCAGAGGCAGCACUCCUCACAACCCGCAGAUCCGCGUCAUGCAAUGGAACAUCUUGGCACAAGCUCUCGGUGAGGGCAAGGAUGGUUUUGUGCGCUGCCCGAUGGAGGCGUUGAACUGGGCUGAGAGGAAGUACCUGAUCCUGGAGGAAAUCUUGACAUACAGGCCAGACAUCCUGUGCUUGCAGGAGGUCGACCACUACUACGACACCUUCCAGCCAGUGCUGUCCCGUCUGGGCUACCAGAGCACUUUCUGCCCCAAGCCUUGCUCACCCUGCCUGGACGUGCGCGACAACAAUGGCCCGGACGGCUGUGCUCUGUUCUUCAGUCGCCAGCGCUUCCAGCUGCUCUGCACUGACCACCUGCGUCUGUCAGCCAUGAUGCUCAAGACCAACCAGGUGGCCAUCGUGGCCACCCUGCUGGACCGGGUCACGGGCCGGACGUUCUGUGUGGCCGUGACCCACCUGAAAGCGCGGAGCGGAUGGGAGGCCUUUCGCAGCGCCCAGGGCUCACAUCUCCUGCAGCAGCUGAGGACCAUCAGCAGCCAGCAGGGGGUGCAGCCUGAGGGUGUCCCGAUGGUGGUUUGUGGGGAUUUUAACGCGGAACCGUGUGAGGAAGUGUACCGUCGUUUCCUGGCCUCUCCGCUGGGGCUGGACAGCGCCUACCGGAGGCUGAGCACGGAUGGCAACACGGAGCCACCCUACACCAGCUGGAAGAUUCGCCCGAGCGGAGAGAGCUGCGCCACGCUUGACUACAUUUGGUACUCACGCGGGGGCUUCAGUGUAGAUGCCGUGCUGAGCAUGCCCAGUGAGGAGCAGAUCGGCCCUGACCGCCUGCCUUCAUACCACUACCCUUCUGACCACCUCUCACUGGUCUGUGACCUCAGCUUCAUCCAGGAGCCUCACAGGCUCAUGUAACUGUCAAGCAAUGCAGCUCCUUCUGAUGGGGGUUACAGAGCAGCUCAGGACAUUCCCAUGUGUGUGUGUGUGUGUGUGUGUGUGUGUGUGUGUGCGUAAAGCCCUAAUUGAGCUGGAUUUGUUUUAUGUGAGGUAAUUUAAAGGGGAAUUCCACCAAUUUGUUCAAAAUUUCUGCACAAUUAAAUAAUUAAGCUGUAGACAUCCAUUCAAAGUGGUUUGAUGCGAAAUGCUUCGCUGUAGAAGAAACUUGGAGUCUAAUAAUUGUUCACAGUGGUGAUGAUGGGAACCAGACAUCUAAUGUUUUUAAUGCCUCUAAAACCUCCCUUACAGGAAGCUUUUACAUUGAGUUGCUAGAAAUAUGUUGCUUGCUGCCUGAGACUUUGUUUUAUGACAGUUUUGAGGUAAAGUUUUGGUCUGAAUUGUAUUUAUUAUGAAAUAAGCAAAGUAGAUAGGUGCAUGCAGUGUGUUAUCAAGCAAAAUAGUACUCAAAGAAAACUUUCAUGUUUUUGGAUUUAACACUGAACAAUUAUUUUACUAUUAUUGAGAUCACACAUAAAAACUCAGAAGACGUGUGUAGGUUCAAUGGUGGUUUCGGUAGUAAAUUUAAUGGCUAUAUUUGCGUGGUAUAUAUAACGUUUCCUAUCACCACCACUGAGAAGUAAUUCUGAGUUGGUAAGUUUCUCUACAAUUAACCGAUUCACAUCAAACCACUUGUUGACUUGAUGACUUAUUUAAAUAGUUAAGAGGUAAUUAUGCCGAAAUCUUGAAUAUUCAGUGGAAUUUCCCCUGAAUUGCCUUCUGUAAUUACCUGGGCUCCCUCAGUAAUAUUGGUCCUUUUCAAAUCCACCUUCAAUAACAAAGCCUGCUAAUACACUGCUAAUUAACGUAUUCAAACCGGCCUUCGCAUCACAGAACCACCUCUGGUGAAACUAAUCCAGCUUGAAUAGUGUUUGGCUGGCAUGACAGAAUGUGGCAGGGAAUGUUUUUUGGUUAUGUUACAGAACAUAAAGAACUCAUGAACCAUGCACAUGUACCUGGUCCUUGCACGAUGAACGAGGACUAUGGUCUCAAAGUACCUCUGCUGACUGAGUUACAGGAGUCUUUUUCUGAUAUAGGCUCCUCAUCCACUUCUGCUAUUGACUAGAGAGGUUGUGCAAUAUUCCGUAAUUUAUUAUUCCAUUAUAAUGAUUUGAAUGUAUCAUGAACUCAGGACAUUCUCAAAAAAGGAACUGUUCUAGAUGUUCCAUAAUACUGUAUAACUGUAAUACAAUUUCUGCACCAUUUCUCUUUCAAUAGCACUGUAACUGCCUAUUUAUAUGCCAUUGAGUGGUAAUAUAAACAUGUCUAAAUCAUA